UCAAAAGUGUUGUUUUUAUUUACAAUUCUUGCAUCAGAAGCCAACGCUUGUAAUUGAUUUGUGGGAUAAACCCUAGGAAAGUCUUGUUUUUUCCGUCUUCUUGCGUUUAAUUCUUCAGAUAUGGUGGUGAUGAAUCCCUCGUUGUGUGUUGGUGCACAACCGCUUGUGUACCUCCCUCCUCGCCUGAAUCAAUUUUCCAGUAAUGGAAACUUUCAUAGGCGUUAUCUUACAACAGUUUCUAUGCAACUCCAACCGUGGAGCAAGGCAGUUGGACUGCGUGCAGUGCAACCUAUUGUCGUCUCUAAGAAUAAAAGAUCUGUCUUUACAUGUAAUUCUGCGCUGAAUUCAAAAUGCAGUCAAGGGCAAACACAGACCGUUACGCGGAAAUCACCAACAAUCACACAAGCUCCUGUAUCAGGAAAAGAUAAAUCCCCAAAGCUUGAUGAUGGUGGAAACGGGUUCCCGCCCCGGGAUGAUGGCGGUGGUGGUGGUGGCGGAGGUGGAGGAGGGAGCUCUUCAGGUGGAUUUUUCCUUUUCGGGUUUCUUUUGUUCAUGGGAUACUUGAAAGAUUUAGAGGGCGAACAUGAAAACAGCCAUUGAAGAGGGAAAACAUGAUGCACAAUAGACAAAUCUCAAGACAAGUAUUCUCCAGGAGACAAUAGAUUCUAGUACUACCAAUAGGCACAAAUCUUAUGUUUUCUCAGUUGUGUUAUGAAUCAGAUUCUUGUUGACAUAGACAAAGUUCAUCUUAUACAAAUGUGCAAACUAUGCAA